ACACGUUACUAGCAACCCAUAAUACACAGCGAGCUAAACCAUGGCUGACCUCACUGCUACACGGAGCUGGACUACACUGCACAACCGAACAGCGCGCUUCCUGAGACACUCCUAACAGGAGGCAGACGAGCCGGCUUUCUGACACCAUUUACUGCAGAGAGGCUGAGCUGUGCAGCCAAAGACGGACAAUAAAUUACACGCAAAGGCCAGCUGGAGUCACUUUGGUGAGCUUGGGACCUGCAGGAGCCAUCAUCUUCACCAUUGUUUCCAAACACCGGACUUGCAGAAAGCCUUUUCACACCCAUUAAAAAUUUAGAUUUUGUAGAAAAAUCAUUCAUUCCACAAGUUGUCGGGGUUGACCAUGGUUCUCUGUGAGGAUGGCGAAUGUAGCGUCUGCCUGUUGCCCUACUCCCGGGUGGAAAGGAUCCCCCGGGUGCUCCACUGCAGGCACACCUUCUGCGAUUCGUGUCUGGAGAGGAUGUCAACGGAGAGGAACGGUCUGCUCACCGUGGGCUGCCCUUUGUGUCGCCGGGUGACCUGCAUAGGCCGAGGUCGAGGUCUUCGAGAAGCUCUGUGGGUCAACAGCAAGCUGUGGGACCAGAUACCAGAGGAUGUGGACGUAAGAGAAGAAGAGGAAGAGGAGGACGGAGAGAAGCAAACAGCUGCACAGGAGAGGAUAGAAGAUAAACAGUUACAAGGAGAAUGCAUUUCCUCGAGAUCCGCCAGAGCGAAGCUCAAACUGCCCACGUUCUUCAGGAGGUUCAGUCUGACGAAGCAACACCAGGAGAGAAUCGUGUCUGGCAGCAAUGUGGAAAUGAAAUCCUGGCGCAGACUUUCAACAGAAGAGACUUUUUAAAAAUACGAAAACUGACAAGUGGCCGCUCUCAGAAAGAGAAGACACAACUUUGAAGGGAAGCUGUGGUCGCUGGGGGAGGAGGAUUCAUUUGUGAUCCUGUCAGGACACGGUUUUGUCCUCAGCCAAAGGUGCUCCGUCUCCCCAUUAUUUAUUCUAGGAUUAAUUCUCCCAGCCGUUGCUGUGGGAUUUAGUUCAGCUGUCCCAGAGCGGCUAACACCCGUAGACCUAGACCCCCUCAGAACAGAUGGUCCCCUCUCCAUUUCAGCUCCUGAAUAGCCAUCAUAACUUAUUGUUUUCUGUAUUUAUGAUAGCUAGGACAUGAAGUAUUUAAUAAAACUAUUUUUG